AUGGUCGUCCUUAAUAUUUUUCUUUUCCAUGUUUAUUGUGCACUUUAUAUGGCGGCAGCCUCCACCACCGAAGAUGAACUCCACCAGGACACACCCUACAUCAGAGAACUACUGCGUCAGGCGAAGACUGCCGAGAUUGAGAGCUUCAUGGAUAAGGAGGUCAAUCCAUGUACCGAUUUCUAUGCCUUUUCGUGUGGCAACUAUGCUCGGAUCAAUCCAGCCUCAGCCUUGGGCGUGCCCUCGACUGAACUGUUUAAAACUCUUGCCAAGGGCCUUGAUCGCAAGAUCCUAAAGACACUUCAAAUGGCGCCUGAUCCCCAAGAAACUCCCGAGGAUAAACAGGUUAAGUUCUUCUUCGAGUCCUGCCUGCGGAACGUGGAGCGCAGCUCCACCUACACCGAAAAGAUGAAGGCGCUUAUAGCCGAGUUUGGAACGAUGCCAGUGCUCGAGGGUUCCUCCUGGAAGGAGGAGGACUUCGACUGGCUGGAAACCACCGCUGGCAUUGCCCACCAAUACGGAAUAAGCUCACUCCUCAAAGUGCAAGUGAACAAAGACUACGCGAAUAACCUAAGGAAUUGCAUCUACAUAGAGCCGCAAAGGUUUCCGCUUGGUCCGCUUUCCAUGUACGUGGACAAGGCCACGGCAAUCUAUCGUCAGAAUUAUCUAUUUAAUAUCCAGCAAAAAUUGCAGCGAUCUUUGGGCGUGGAUUCUAAGCUAGCAAAACAAACGGCCAGGGAGCUGCUCGACUUCGAGGUGGACCUAGCCCAAGGACUUUCUACUUCACGCCAAGGACUUCAAAAUUCCCCAGAAUUACUUACUGUUGCUGAAAUGCAAAAGAGGUAUGCCCCCACCUUGGACAUCGAUCAAUUGAUAUUUGUAAGUUUGGGUCAGAGAGUUUCUGACCAAAUCUAUGAGUUCAACAAACAAUAUCAGGAAAAUUUAAUCAAAGUUCUCAAGCGUACGCCCAAGCGCACUGUAGCCAACUAUAUAUUCUUUCGCCUUAUCUGGGACUUUGUAGAGGCGCCUACCGAGGAGCCGGAGAGGCAAAAGAAGGUCUGCGUAACUCUCACCAAAAAGUUCUUUGCCAAGAACCUGGACAACAUGAUCUACCGUCAUUACAACAGCGAGAAAUCCUCCAAAGAAAUCGAGAACAUGUGGCAACAACUAAAGUAUACCUUUAGCGAAGCUCUGCGCUCCAGUCCAUCGCUGGAUUGGAUCGAGAGACCCACUCGUCAACUGGCCAUCGCCAAGUUGGAGGCCAUGACUCUGGAGAUCAACCAUUAUGCCGAUUACAACUUCACUGAAAAGUUUGCGGAUCUUACUCUUCAAAGCCUCGACCUCAUAGAGAAUGUGCGUCGAUUCAGACGUCUAGGGGCAAGACAGAAGCGAGAGAUGCUCCACAAGCCGGCCAAGCCCUUCGAUGCGGGCUCCCAGCUGAGUUACAGCCCCUCAGCUAUCCUGUUGGAAAACUCAAUGAAGAUUCCGGUGGCCCUGCUCCAGCCCUUCUACCUUUGGUCGGAUGUCUACCCCAAAGCGGUUGUGUUCGGCACCUUGGCAUCGCUGAUUGGACACGAGUUAAUCCACGGGUUCGACGACAGUGGAAAGGAGUUUGAUGCCAAAGGAAACUCCAAAGAUUGGUGGGAUGAAAGAUCCAGUAGCAACUUCCUGAAACGACGGGAAUGCUUCACGAAGCAGUACGGAAGGUAUGUAUACGAUGGUAUCCAGCUCAAGGAGUCGACUGCGCAGUCGGAGAACAUAGCGGACAAUGGGGGAAUACAGCUGGCCUACACCGCCUACCGGAAGUGGUACGAGUCCCAAGUGGAGAAGGAUCUGGCCAAGGAGACGCUGCCCAAUCUGAGGUACACCGCCAAGCAGCUGUUCUUCAUCAGCUUUGCCCAGAUCUGGUGCAACGAUGUACAUCCCAAAUUAAGGGCCCUUCAAGUAUCAAUCGAUCAGCACGUGCCUGGAAAAUUUCGCGUGAUUGGACCUCUUUCGAACUUCGAUGAGUUUUCCAAGGAGUUUAACUGCCCAGCCGGAUCCGCCAUGAAUCCCUCAGAGAAGUGCAUACUGUACUAGAAAAGUGUACUUAA